CUGGUGGUGGUGGUGGUGGUGGUGGUGGUAAUAGUGGUGGUGAUGGUAGUAGUGGUGGCAGCACCAACGACAACAACCAACAAGAUGGAGACAGCAUGCGAAACAGUCAAGGUGGAAACGAGAAAUCUUUCUUUUGUACAUUUUGUAAGAAAGGAUUCACCAACCAGUUCUUCCUGAAGAACCACGAACUCACACACACAGGCGUUCGACCAUUUGACUGCAAUUCUUGUGACAAAGCCUUUACGCAGAAAAUCAAUCUCAAAAACCAUUUAAGGACCCAUUCAGGGGAGAAACCUUUUCAGUGUUCCCUUUGUCCAAAGGCCUUCAGUCAACAAGGUAAUCUCAAACUCCAUCUCAGAACUCAUACGGGAGAGAAACCAUAUUCUUGUGAAGUCUGCGGUAAAAGUUUCUCCCAAAAAAUCAAUUUGACUUACCACAACCGUAUUCACACUGGAGACCUUCUCUAUUGUCAGUUCUGCAAGAAACCAUUUUCUAACGAGUUCUUCCUCAAAAUACACGAACGUAUACAUACGGGCGAGAAACCUUUUCAUUGCCAUUUCUGCAACAAGUGUUUCUCACAAGAGACAAACUUGAAGAAUCAUCUGCGAACUCACACUGGCGAACGACCAUUUUCCUGUAGUGUUUGUUCGAAGGCUUUUAGCCAGAGAGGUAAUCUAAAGCUCCAUCUUAGAACUCAUACAGGUGAGAAACCAUUUGCCUGUGAUGUAUGCGGUAAAGCCUUUUCCCAGAAAGUAAAUCUAAGCGACCACAAAAGGCUUCACACUGGAGACCUGUUCUAUUGCAGUUACUGCAAGAAACCGUUUUGCAAUCAAUUUUUUCUGAAGAUUCAUGAGCGGACGCACACGGGCGAACUUUACAAAUGUACAUUUUGUCCGAAAGAUUUCACCCUUUUGAUCAACCUGAAGAACCACCUGAGGACCCAUACGGGGGAGAAACCAUUCCAUUGCAGUAUGUGUUCAAAGUCUUUUAGUCAGCAAGGAAAUCUUAAGUUACACAUGAGGACUCACACGGGGGAAAAACCGUUCAAGUGUGACCUUUGUGACAAGUGCUUCUCCCAAAAAACUAAUCUUGAAAAUCACCAGCGUGUCCACACUGGACAAUUGUUUAAAUGUGACUAUUGCACCAAAGAGUUUACUUUGCAAAUUAGCCUGAAAAACCACAUCCGGGUCCACACGGGAGAGAAACCUUUCCAUUGCAGCUAUUGUAACAAGCUCUUCUCACAGCGAACCGAAUGGCGUAACCACGAGCGGACCCACACGGGGGAAAAACCAUUCCAAUGUCAGAUUUGUUCGAAGGCUUUUUCUCAAGCUGGAAACUUGAAGUUACACAUGAGGACACACACAGGCGAGAAGCCGUUCAAGUGCGACACAUGCAACAAGUCGUUCUCGCAGCGAGCCAACCUGAACAACCACAAAAGGACUCGAACGGGCUGUGAGCUCUUCACCAAGCAGCCGCCGUUGGCCUCCACUGCUUCGUCAUCCGCUUCUCAUGGCUGCAUGAUGUACCCCAAGGACUCCAACCUCUCGCCUCCGAUGCCAGGUUCGGACCCUCUCCCUGUGAUGGGGUCGUCCAUGAUGAUGCCCUCCGAAGACAAGAAUGAUGGUGACAACCAUCAGCAUCACGAAAAGAGCGCUUUGUCCUCAGCUUCUCAGACAUCCACGUAUAACUGUGAUACGAGUGCGUCGAAACCUCAGCAGCAGCAGCAGCAGCAGCAGCAACAACAACAACAGCAGCAACAACAACAACAACACCAACAACAACAGCAAGCUCAUCAGUCUGCCAUGUUAUCAUCAAAUUCCAACAAGCACAACAUGAAAACCAACAAGCACCAUCAAGAACAUUUACCACCAAAUUCCCACAUGGGACGGUCAGAGCAACACCUUCAUCCAAACCAACAAGAUACCCAGGGUGGAAUGCGACUGCACCCUUCGAACCUGUCUCGGUUUAAUUCCGCUGCAUAUCUGCAUGAGAUGUCGCAGAACUGGGAGACCAACUACCUCUGGCCCAGAGGGUACCCUAUGCCCACACUGCUUGGCUCCAGCUGGCCAAACAUGCCUACAUCUUACUCUAGCGGCAAACAUGGUAAACAGAACUCGUGAGCCAGCCUGCAGACUCUGUUCGGACUCUCUACGGAUUCCGUUGGGAAUCUCUUGCAUCCAAACCGAUACAUGUGACACGAGGACUUGUAACAUUUCUUAAGACAUGUCUUAAGUUGUCUUAUUAAUCGUUAGCCACAUGUCAUCUCCAAGCUGACAGAACUUACCAACGGCUGUUCAACUAACUUCCUCAAACAUGUCAGGCUCUUUACGAUCUGUUUGUCAGGUUUCUGUGGAAUUUUUCAGGUCAAUUGGCAAAAAUUCAUUUUUGUAUUUAAAAGAAGAAAAAAUCAAGAACAAAACAAGAAGAAGAAAAUAACCGAAAAGAACUGGAUUGUGAUGGUGCAAACAAAGGAAAACAAUAGUGAGUCACAUUGUAAAAUUUGACAUUGAAAACUUUUCAGGGAUCCUCUUCCUAAGAAUUUAUUUCUGGAUCCUUGUACGUCGAGUGUUCAAAUUUCACCGGAAUCCACUUUGCCUGUGUCAUCGUCUUUCAGGGAUUGAUAUUAAAACAAAAACAAAACAAAAGUACCAGUCAUAUGCUGGGGCCAGUUUUAAUUGAAUGCACCCCCCCACCACCACCAACUAUAAAUCUCUGGCUUUUCUCAAUCUAAGAAAUCAUUAUGACAAUGAUGAUGAUGAUUAUUAUUGUUACUACUAUUAAAAUAUCCCUUAGCAGUUCAAAUAUCAGAAAGCACUGGAUCACUCCCCCCUGACAUUUAUGCUACCAUAUAAUCCCCCCCUCUAUAUAUGCAUACACACACACACAUAUAAAUACUUUGUAUGUAUAUAUAUAUAUAUAGACAUAUAUACAGAUAUAUAUAUAUAUAUAUAUUGCUUUAAAAUAUAGUGAUGAUCACUGAAUAAAACGCUCUCUCUCACACACACACACAUGCUCUGACAGACGCAGUAUUCAUAUCUUGAGAACUUAUGAUGAAAUGCAACACUCAAAUGUUGGACAACACCAGCCUCACCCAAUUAACACACACACACCUACCAUCAUUGGUUUUAUGUCUACCUUUCAGUGCUUGCAUGAGUCAGACAAGACUCCUUUGGAGCAGAGUCAUGCAUACAUACAUAUAUACAUAUAUAUAUAUAAAUAUAUAUAUAUAUGUAUGUAUAUUGCUUCCUGCAUGCAUAUGCCUUUUGCAUGUAUUUGGAUUGUAAGUUAAAGCUCUCUAGUAAUAAUAGUUUUAAUCGUGUUGACUUUGUCCAUUAAGUAUAACAUCUGCACCCAGAAGAUAUUUGUGUCUGAGGAGGUAAUUUGUACCUGUGUGUGUGUGCAUGUCCGUGCACAUGGGACGAGAGGGGAGAGGGGCGUGCACUGCUUCCUUGUAAUGAGAGAAGAAUGGGUCUAUUAUUCCUUGUACAUAAUGUUGUAGACUUCCAACCCACUUUUCUCUCCCCAAACUGCUUAUUUAUAUAUACUCCUACCACCACAAUGCCAUGCCUCAGCCUUCUUCCCCACUGGCCCUCAGUUAUGCCAUCUGUAAAUCUUAUCAGCUGAGCUUUACAAUACUUUAUUGGUAAAUACUGUGCACAUGGUGCACAUUGAUGCAUCAUUGCUGCACCAUGGCGAGUGCACUUGCAGUCAGUUUGUCAUCUUGGUGUAAUUAGUUGUUAUUUAUUUUUUUUAUGUGUUGUUGUUGUCAGUCUUGUGGUUAACCUUACCCUGCCCCCUGCCCAGCCUGACUUGUAGCCCCACACUUUACGAUCCACACCUGGCAGUGACUUAAUAAGGUGGAUGUCUUUACCUGCCACAGUGUCUUAGAUACCAUAAAUGUGAAAUUGGUGAACAAAUUAAAAUGCAUCACAGGUUUUCGAGUUCUAAUAUCCAAAGUUAAUUAAAAUACCUGUGUUGUCGCCUCCUGUUUAAUUUUUUUUCAUCAGAAUUAUUCAAUAAGAAAAUGAUUUUUGUCACCUUAAGGUUGUAGUUUUAAUUAAUAAAAAAUUUUUAGGCUGACUUCAUUAAACCUGUUCAUACCUACUUCAAAUACUUUGCUGUGUCUCCUUGGGUACUACACUUAAUUUCACAUGUUUUACUUUACAUAACCUCAGCUCACCUUAGCAAGUGAUGGUACCAGGUUACAAGGUUUUGUAACCUGGUACCAUCACUUGUACCAGGUUACAAGGUUCUGUGUUCAAUCCCAGGGUGCUGUGUCUUGGGAAAGUGUUCUGCUGUGGUUACCCAAUUUUUUGUGAGUAAUAUUUAGGAGAUAAAAAACUAUCUGCAAGUCCAUGUGUGUGCGAAGGUACUUAGGGAGUUGCACUUGUGGUUAUGGGUCAAUGGUUUCAAUUCCUGGACUGGGCAUUGUGUUCGAUUCAUGAACAAAAUAUUUAAUUUCUUGUUGUUCCAGUCUACUCAGCUGUAGAUUUGCACCAACAAUAGCUGGGAGAUUAAUCCUUCGACAGACUGGUGUCUCAUUCAGUGGGGUAAUGUUGGAAUCUCAGUCCCCGACAUGCCAUGGAAACCGGGUGGGGGUAGGGGGGUGUGGCUCAGUGGUUUAGGUUUUGGACUUGUGAUCAUAUGAUUGUGGUUUUAUUUCCUGUACUGUGUGAUGUGUCAUACCCUUGAACAAAACACUUCAUUUCACAUUGCCCCCAUACACUCAGCUGGCGAAAAUGAGAAAUCUUGUGACGGACCAUCCUCCCAUUCACGAAUGGAGUAUUUCCGCCACAAAACCAAGGAAACCGACACCAUGAGUCUAUGGAGCUAUCCAUGGAAACUGUGUCAGCCUUAUGAAUCCUAAGGCUCAGGAAAAUGAGAAUAAUUAAAUAAACGCAUGUGUUUGUGUAUGUAUCUGCAUCUGUGUGGAUGUUUACAUCGUGUAGUCCCUUGGAAA